AUGGCCCCCGGGGUCUGCUCGGGUCCUCCGCCGCCCUGGCUGGGCCAGGGGAAGAUGCUGGCCGUGGGGGCCCUGGCAGGCUUCUCCGUGCUCAGCCUGCUCACCUACGGGUACCUCACCUGGCACCGCGGGCCGGAGGAGGAGGAGGAGGCGGCGGGACCGGGACGGGGCCCGGAGCCCAGCAAGCCCCCGGCCUCCCGGCCCCACCUCGUCUUCAUCCUGGCCGACGACCAGGGCUUCCGCGACGUGGGCUACCACGGGUCGGAGAUCCGGACCCCGACCCUCGACCAGCUGGCGGCCGAGGGGGUCAAGCUGGAGAACUACUACGUCCAGCCCAUCUGCACGCCGUCCCGAAGCCAGUUGAUCACCGGGAAGUAUCAGAUACAUACAGGCCUCCAACACUCCAUCAUCAGACCCACGCAGCCAAACUGCUUACCGCUGGACAACGUAACCCUGCCUCAGAAACUGAAGGAGGUUGGCUACUCCACUCACAUGGUCGGGAAAUGGCACCUGGGCUUUUACCGUAAGGAAUGCAUGCCCACCCAGAGAGGAUUCGAUACCUUUUUCGGCUCCCUUCUGGGGAGCGGGGAUUACUACACUCACUACAAAUGCGACAGUCCGGGGAUGUGCGGGUACGAUCUUUACGAGAACGACGAUGCUGCCUGGGAGUACGACAACGGGAUCUACUCCACCCAAAUGUACACGCAGAGAGUGCAACAGAUCCUUGCCAGCCACGAUCCCAGAAGACCCCUCUUCCUCUACAUCGCCUACCAGGCUGUUCAUUCGCCCCUGCAGGCCCCGGGGAGGUACUUUGAACACUACAGGUCCAUCAUUAACAUAAAUCGGCGGAGAUACGCCGCCAUGCUCUCGUGCCUGGACGAGGCGAUCCACAACGUGACCCUGGCGCUGAAGAGGUACGGCUUCUACGACAACAGCAUCCUGAUCUACUCGUCGGACAACGGGGGCCAGCCGACGGCCGGAGGGAGCAACUGGCCCCUCAGGGGGAGCAAAGGGACAUACUGGGAGGGGGGGAUCCGGGCCGUGGGCUUCGUCCACAGCCCCCUCCUGAAGAACAAGGGCACCGUGUGCCGGGAGCUCGUGCACAUCACGGACUGGUACCCCACUCUGAUCACGCUGGCGGAAGGGCAGCUGGACGAGGGCGUCCGACUGGACGGCUACGACGUCUGGGAGACCAUCAGCGAAGGCCGUCGCUCCCCUCGGGUGGACAUCCUGCACAACAUCGAUCCCAUUUACACCAAGGCCAAGAACGGGUCCUGGGCCGCGGGCUUCGGCAUCUGGAACACGGCCAUCCAGUCCGCCAUCAGAGUGCGCCACUGGAAGCUCCUGACGGGAAACCCGGGCUUCAGCGAGUGGGUCCCCCCACAGGCCUUCAGCAACCUCGGGCCCAACCGCUGGCACAACGAGCGCAUCUCCUGGUCGGCGGGCAAGAGCGUGUGGCUGUUCAACAUCACGGCUGACCCCUAUGAGCGGGUAGACCUCUCCGCGAGGUAUCCGGGCGUCGUGAAACAGCUUCUGAGGAGACUCUCGCAGUUCAAUAAGACCGCCGUCCCCGUCCGGUAUCCUCCGAGGGACCCCCGGAGUAACCCGAGGCUCAACGGGGGGGUGUGGGGACCCUGGUAUCGGGAGGAGGAGAAGAAAAAGAGACCGGGGAAGAGCAAAGUGGAGAAAAAGAAGAAGAAAAAGAAGAAGAAUAAGACAAAGAAGAAAGUCUCGCGGAAAAAAGGAUCGUUUCCGCUCUGCCACUCGGGCCUCGCUCGUGGGUAGACCCGAUGAGGUGGGGUUGGGUGGAAAAUAGAUGACGCUAUCCUGAGCCCUUCUCUCUCGUGAACCAGUUGGCAACAAUCUGCUCUGUGCCCUCACUGUCCGCUUCUCUCCUUCUUUGGGCCAGAACAGAGAGUUCUCCCGCUGGGCCUCAACCCUCCUCACCAGCUGGAGAAUUACAAAACACCAACAUGAAGAACCUUCUCCCCUAGAGGGUAUUAUUUAUGAGAGCUGCACUGCAGAUGACGUUGUUGGAGUUAGCUGUUUCCCGGCUCCUGGUCGAAUGUUGGGAGGGGCGGGGACAGUAGCUGCUGUCUGCAUUAGGCAAAAUACACGUCUGUGCGAAAAACCUUCAGGGAGUCCACCGUCGUUGCCGUAUUGUCACUUUUGGUAUCGGCCAGCUAAGAACAAGGGGGACUAUGGAGUCUAGUGGUUGAGGUCUCAGCCCAGACUCACAGGGCUAAAAAAUGGCAGGUUUUUCUCAUGUGGUCAGGGAACUCGUGCUGUGAGAGUGUGUCCGCGGGGGUCCCUCCUACUUGGCUGGAUUGACAACUGCCUUUUGGGGGAGGGGGUUUACAUUCUUGGGGUUCCCCCGGACCACCACUGCUAGCCUGCCUGUGGUCUGAGGCUGGCCCUGAGCCCAUCUAACCUGAGAGGUGAGGCUUAGUAUAGAAAUGGGAAGUGCAAUCAGUCAUCGAGGGGGGCAGAUUGACUUGAACAUGUCCCCGGGCCGGUCAGGGGUGAGACUCGCAGGGUGCGGUGCCUUACGAAUCUCACCCCACCCCCCGGGGAACAAUCCCUAAUCAAAACGGGGUUGGUUUUAAUGGUAGAUUGAUCUGGGCCUACUCUCGGUCCAGACUAGAUUUUUCUACCGAAAAAUCACCUUUAGAAAAGAGAUUUGCCUCAUGUAGAUACCUAGGUUUCAGUGACUCGGAACCUGCCAGAACUACAGUGACUGGCUCCCCCAUAAAAUAUCCGGAGAGGCAUGCACUCGAAACCGAUCAUCAGAACAAUUGGAAAAGCACUAUGCUGACACUCUUGACCUUGAGCAACAGCCUAAAUGUCUUCCCAAAGUGAUAGGGCUUCCCCUUGCAUCAUGUCUAUCAUAGGCAUCGGAAAGGAAAUUUGGGGCCUUUUUGCCAACUGCAUUUGCCCUUCUUGUGAAAUCAAAAAGCUUUAAGUCUGUACCCAUAUGAAAAACUAUGCACGUGCCUCAAAUCAUCACGUUAGGAGAAGGCCAAAAGAAGCCUUUGUUCACACUGCCAGAAUAAAUGGAAUGAAUGUUCAUACACUUUUAGAAAUACACAACACUCACCCGAAUAAAAUCCAGAAUUUAUUUUUACAAAGAAACAGAUUAAUUAUUUUCUUGUCAUCUGUGAGGAUGCGAAUGAUCUUUUCGGGUUUUUUGAGGUUUUCCCCUGACACGCUAUUGGAAGAAUUUUAUUUUACUUUCUCAACUGUACCAAGCGCUGUAAAACCAUAAUUGACUGUAAACACUGCCAGAACACAUAGACUACAAAAGGAAAAAUGAUCCGGGUGGCAAUUCCUUCACUGCUGCCAAUCAUUGUGAAUGUUUCAAGGCGAUUAUUUUGCUUUGUGGUCACUUGGAAUAGUGUAGUUCAGUGCCUGGAUAGCAGCUGGACAAUUUUGUUGCUGGACAAUUUUGUUCUGUCGAAAAAGGUAUAUGAUAAACAGUUUAUUUAUGUAUCUAUUAAAAUGGUUU